CACUAGUCCUGGUCAGAGCAUCAGUCCCACAACCAUCCUGUCUGGUCACAAUAUCUUUCCUUCAUCCAGCUGUUUGUUCACAGUUAUUGCCUGGUAUUUGAGACUACAUUCGUUAGUUGUUGUGAGGACAAAGAACAUUUCUACCUUCUCUUAAACUAAACCAAAAGCACAAGACAAAAUGCUGUGUCCUUGGAGAUUCCUGCAGAAGAACAAAUACAAUGUGGAUCUAAACAACAAUGACUUCGAGCAGGAAGCCGAGCCCAGCAAGCUCUACACCUCCUCUGUUCCUACCUCCGAGGUCCAAAAACUGCAGAAAAUAGUUAACAACGAAAAAUGCAAACACCCUGAGAUCGAGGAGAAACCGACUCAGCCCACCAAGGUGACCAGUGCAUGCCCAUUCGCUCCGAAAUUCGUGAAGUUAACCUACAUGGGAAAUGGAGACACCUUACAGGACACCUUGCAUCGCAAAGCAACAGUGAAAAUGCCGUGUCAGUCCUCGGCUUGCCGUGGAGCACUCAUGACUCCCAAAGCAAUGACCCGAGGGCCCAGAGAUCAGGCUAUUCCACCAGAGGAAAUCCUUCCUCUGGCUAUAGAAUUCAUCAAUCAGUACUACAAGUCUUUCAAGAGCCCCCAGGUCAAAGAACAUCUGGCCCGGGUGGAGGAGGUGAGCAAAGAGAUCACCGAUACCGGCACUUACCAGCUGACCACCGAAGAGCUAUUUUACGGGGCCAAGCAAGCUUGGCGCAACGCUCCACGGUGCAUUGGCCGUAUCCAGUGGUCCAACCUGAAGCUCUUUGAUGCUCGUAAAUGCAACUCAGCACAGGAGAUGUUCGAUCACAUCUGCACUCACUUGCGAUACGCAUCCAACGACGGGAAUCUAAGAUCUACGAUCACUGUAUUCCCUCAAAGGACAGAUGGGAAGCACGACUUCAGGGUGUGGAACUCUCAGCUGGUCCGAUAUGCAGGUUACCAGCUGGAGGAUGGUUCCAUCAUCGGAGAUCCUGCCAGCAUUGAGUUCACUAAGUUGUGCAUGAUGCUGGGCUGGACUCCUCGCUUUGAACGCUUUGAGGUGCUCCCAAUGGUCCUUCAGUUCAACGGGGAGGAUCCAGAAAUCUUUGAAAUCCCACGGGAUGUGAUUCUUGAAGUGGAAAUGGAACAUCCAAGAUACGACUGGUUCAAGGAUCUCGGCCUUAGGUGGUACGCUCUGCCCGCUGUGGCCAACAUGUUACUGGAAGUUGGUGGGCUGGAGUUUCCAGGCUGCCCAUUCAAUGGCUGGUAUAUGGGCUCGGAGAUUGGCGUUCGAGAUUUCUGUGACAUCCAGCGGUACAAUGUGCUGGAGCAAGUUGGGAAGAAGAUGGGCUUGGACACAAGGAAACUGAGUAAUCUCUGGAAAGAUCAAGCUGUAGUGGAGAUCAACAUUGCUGUCCUGCACAGCUUCCAGAAAAGAAAUGUUACUAUUAUGGACCAUCACACUGCGGCUGAGUCCUUCAUGAAGCACAUGCAGAACGAGUUCCGUCUGAGAGGAGGCUGCCCGGCCGACUGGGUGUGGAUUGUGCCUCCCAUCUCCGGCAGCAUCACCCCAGUCUUCCAUCAGGAGAUGCUGAAUUACAUCCUCUCACCCUUCUAUUACUACCAGCCGGACCCCUGGAAAACCCAUGUGUGGCACGACGAGAGCCGUAGACCGCAGAAGAACAUGAUCAAGUUUAAACACUUAGCCAAGGCUGUUCUGUUCACCUCUGCUCUGAUGCGCAAAACAAUGGCACAGAGGGUGAAAGCGACCAUUCUGUUCGCCACGGAAACUGGAAAAUCCGAGACCUUUGCCAGGAAGCUCUGCACAAUGUUCAACAGCGCUUUCAACACCAAGGUUAUGUGUAUGGAUGACUAUGAACUGAGUGAUUUGGCCCAGGAGUCCCUGGUGCUGGUGGUGGCAAGUACCUUUGGAAACGGAGAUUCACCUGGAAAUGGAGAGAGAUUUAAGAAAUCCCUGUUCACCAAGAAACCUGCAAAACUGUACAACUUCAGGUACUCGGUCUUUGGCCUUGGUUCCCGCAUGUACCCGCAGUUCUGCGCCUUUGCCCACGCAGUGGAUAGAAAGCUGCAGCAGCUGGGAGCUGCCCAGAUGUCACCAACGGGUGAAGGGGACGAGCUCAGCGGGCAAGAGGAAUCCUUCAUAGGCUGGGCUCUGAACACCUUCAAGACGGCGUGCAAUGUGUUCCGCGUCCGAGGCCAAGUGGAUCUCAGUCAGUUCAAAGCGACCACCACGAGCGAGGUGUGGGAGCCCAGCAAAUACAGGCUGGCAAACAUCGCCCAGCCCAUGGAUCUGUGCGCAGCUCUUUCGAAACUGCAUUUGAAGGACGUCGUGCCAAUGACGCUGAAAUCGAGGACCAACCUGCAGAGUGCGAAGUCCAGCCGCUCCACCAUCCUGGUCGAGCUCUCCUGUGGGCCCUCGGAGGAGCUCCAGUAUCUGCCAGGAGAACACAUUGGCGUUUUCCCAUCCAACCAGGCCGAGCUGGUGAGUGGGCUCAUCAAGAGGCUCAAAGACUCGCCGGCUCCUAACCAGUGUGUGAAGGUGGAGGUCCGUGGGGACAAAGCCAGUGACUGGACGGCAACGGAAAGGAUCCCAGCCUGCACCCUCUCAGAGGCGCUGACCCACUUCCUGGAUAUCACCACACCCCCCGCCCCGCAGCUCCUGAAGAAAGUGGCCCAGUUGGCCACGGAAGAAUCCGAGAAGAACAGACUGCUAGAGCUGAGCCAGAAUUCCCAGGAGUACGAGAAGUGGAGAUCUUUCAGCAGCCCGACCAUCCUGGAGCUCCUGCAGGAAUUCCCCUCCAUCCAGUGCACCAGCACCUUCCUCCUCACCCAGCUCAUGCUCCUCAAGCCCAGAUAUUACUCCGUCAGCUCCUCCCUGGACAAGAGUCCCAGACAGAUCCACUUGACUGUCGCAGUGGUGAACUACAGGACAAAAGAUGGCCAAGGACCCUUGCAUCAUGGAGUCUGCACCAGUUGGUUCAACACCAUGGAAAUGAAUGAGAUGGUCCCCUGUUACGUGCGCAGCACUGCGGGAUUCCACCUUCCAAAGAACCCGUCCAAACCCUGCAUCCUGAUCGGCCCCGGAACAGGAAUUGCUCCGUUCAGAAGCUUCUGGCAACAGCGAUUGCACGACUUCGAAACACAAGGAACCCGAGCCUGUGGCAUGACCUUGGUGUUCGGUUGCCGCCAUUCCGAAAUGGAUCACAUUUACAAGGAAGAAACUCAGGCGCUCAAAGCCAAAGGCAUCCUGAAGGACGUUUACACGGCCUAUUCCAGAGAACCAGGCACACAGAAGACCUAUGUUCAGGACAUCCUUCGGGAGAAGCUGGCUUCCAAGGUCUACAGUGCGCUGCACGAAGAAAAGGGACACAUUUACAUCUGCGGCGAAAUCCAAAUGGCACAAGAUGUCGCCGAAACACUGAAGGAGGUGGUCGCCAAGCAGGGAAACAUGAGUGUGGAGGAGGCUGAGGAGUUCCUCACCGAGCUGAAGAACCAGAAGAGAUACCACGAAGACAUCUUCGGCGCAACAUUUCAGAAAUAGCAGGCACCAGGAGCACCAUUUCAGGGAGAGAGAGCGGCAGCGAAGGAAAGGAUCCGACAGUGAACCAGAGACUUCUCUGGCCCCCUGGACUGCUUCACAGGUGCCCUGAAAAAGAGCCGAUGUCUGAAGCAACUUAUAAAUUUCAACGUUCAGUUCGAUUUUAUAAGCGCAGGGGGAAAUCUAAACGUGUUAUUGCAACGACACUUUUUUUAUUACUGUUAUUAUUAGUAGUAGUUUGUAUUCAUGUUUAACUGUGCAUUUUUUUUUGGGGGGGUGGGUGGUCGAGAGACUUACAGAUUACACUUGCGUACGAUAGCAUUGUAGAUUAUGUUACGAGCUGGUGUGCACGAGACAGGCAUCGUAACCAUCAGUGUGCUCUCUUGCACACACAAAAACCUCGACAAGAAGAUGAGCCCAGUUGGAAAAAUACCUAUACUCACACUGACGACAAACUCCGCCACUUUCAUUUUCUACGCACCAAUUUUAACAAGCUUUACGAACGCAACCCAGACACGGUACAACAGCAACGAGAAUCCUGCAACCCUUUUCAACGCUUCAAUGUGUGCCUAUGUAGGAGAUGUGCGCUGUUUCACCGAUUUCACUUAUCAGGCUUUCUUCAUAAAGAGUAAUGGUUAUUUUUUUGUGUGUGUGUGUGUGCGUGUGUGUUCAUGUAUGAAAUUCGUUUGUGUGUAUCUUAAAACAUAAGGGCAUCACAGAACUCAAGAUAGUGGUACCGAGUGAAUAAUAUACCAAAUUGUCCUCGAAUUCACACUAAACCUACGGAAAGAAAUGGACGAGUCUGAUAUUGGUUUACCAAGAAAGUAAUGAGAAACUGGUGGCUGUAAGUGGCCACUUUACUCGAUGGGGUAAGAGUGCAAUAUACGCUGUCAGCAUAUGUACAGGAACUGAAACAUGUGAAUGGCAGUUGGCUGCUACUUUUGUAUGUAUGUACGUAUGUGCAUGUAUUUGUAUGUAAAUUAUAAAAGUUAAAUAAAGGCAAUGUAUUCGACAACAA